UGCGGUGGCGAGUUAGAAGCUAUGCAAUUGAAAUCGUUUUCUGAAAUACGUGUAGCAGUCGAUUAUCGUUCAAAAUAAGCGGAAGUAGCCAUUGUAAUUGCGCCUUUUCGCAAGGUCAACCGACGUGUUCGUUUAGUUAGUGUUGCUCGACUGCUAAGCUUGUUCGCGUCUGAAGUUUCUUCUACGAGUGGUGAAGCGUGUCAACAAGGCAAACAGUAGUAACUAAGAAUGAUCGUAUUUGUGUGUCGAUGCUACAACCAAGUUGCUUGCAGCUAGACGAGGUCCGCCCUGACGGCCGCGGUCAAGAAAGGUUUACAUGGAUGACCAGAGUGUACUAUAAGGAUUCCCAUGGCUGCGUGAUUAUGUUCGACUUGACAAACCGCAACUCAUUUAUAAACAGUCUGAAGUGGAAGAGAGAUGUUGACUCGAAGUGUAGGCUACCUGACGGGAGCCCCAUUCCAUGUAUGCUUCUAGCAAAUAAGUGUGACUUGCAACACAGACAAGUUGACCAAAUGGAAAUUGAGGAAUUGUAUAAGGAGCACAAUUUCAUUGGCUGGACUGAAACAUCAGCAAAAGAAGGAAUCAUGGUGGAUGAUUCAAUGAAGUUUCUUGUGGAUCUUAUGAUGCAGCAGGAUGGUAUGGGAGGGCACACAUUCUUAACGAACAGUUUCAAACUUGCUGGACCUGGACCAUACACUCGAUGUCAUAGCAACUGUUCAUGUUAAUGGCACAAGAUCAGUCCACGUUUUGUGGUCAUCCACUACCCAUAUGAACCUGAUUAGCUGAGAACACAAUGCAAACAGUGUCACCAUUUCCAUCUGUGAAGUUGUGUGGACAGCAAAGCAAAAGCUGCCAGCAGGAAAUGUGGUCUUCUGUGGGAAAGUGAACCUCAUUUUGCCAUCAAACUUGUGACAAGGGUCUGAAUCAUAUCCUCCCAAUUUUUUGGCCCAUAAUCAUGUUAAUGCUGUAAUUAAUUGUUUUGGCCAGCUUCAUUAAACCACAGUUCAUAUGGAAUAUCAUGUUAAAUUGUACAACAUUAAACCAUUCUCUUAGCUGGUGACAAAUGGUAUUUGUAGAGCCAUGUAGAUACAAUUCAAAUUUAGUGAAUCAGUUACAAGUUAAAUAAAUGAGAUGAAAUUCCUCUGCUUGAAUACUAGUCCCUGGUUUGGACAUUUUGAAGUUAAAAUAGUUAAUAUUCUUCUGAAUAUUAUAGAUAGUAUGGAUCUAGUUAUUUUAUUCUGAUUUACGUUGUGAUAUUCUGUAUUAUGAUAUUAUGUAGUCUGGUAAGUGGAUUGCAAUGUUUCGGCGUAACGUACUGCAUCCAUCUUCAGGGUAGAUAGAUAUAGCAUAUCCCUCUGAAAAGAUAAUUCCCAUGUACUAGACUACAAAAUGUCAAUGCUCCGAAGCGUUCAAUACGAA